UUAUCUGGAUAUGCGUUUCUAGUCUCGUAUUAAAUUUCAGUUUUGAAACGAAACUAAAACAUAUUUAAUAAAAUGAGUUGAGAUUUAGAAACAUCGCGGUUAUUUCGGGUGUCAUGCGCUUUUGGGUUUUCGGUGGAGCUUAUUGAACGGAUUGGGAGCUUUUAGAUCGUUGGUGGAAAGCAUGGAUGCGUCUGGUUACGUGUUGGAUUUCCUUUCCACGAGAAGGGAUUGAAAUGUCGAAUUCGGUUUCACCACAAAACUUUCUGUAUUUUUCUAAGGAACUCAUUUAUUUUAAUAGAUUGUUGAUUUUUCCAAUGGUUGCUGAAGAAUUAAAACUUCGCUCCCCGUUAAUAAUAUGGAUAACCGUGUGUUUAACGGCGCUUCUAUUAUUCACAGACGUCUUCCAGUCUUUCAAGUACAACCUCCAAUUAUUACAACCGAAGUUCAUUGAUAACGAUGAGAAUCAGAUGGAGAAUAAAAAUACGAAACAAUUUUUGGUGACGACAGAAAAAUGUAACAUACCCGAAAUGGACCCGUACGAUAUUAGCGUAAGAGGAUUUAUUUUCGACGAAAAACCCGUGAGAUGCGAUAACGGACGUCCUCCUUUAUUCGAAUCAAAUCGAACUUCGAUUUAUAUUGAAGAAAAAUCGUUGCGAUUUUAUGGUAUUUUAGAUCGGCGAAAAUUAACUUGUAAAUACACUCCGUUUAAAAGGGUCGAUCCGGAAAAUGGAGUUAAAGAUAAUAAAGUCGUUUUUGGAUCGAGUGUUAAUUUUAGCGAUCAAACGAACGUAAACGACGAGUUUGUAAUGGUUGAAUGUUUUUAUAAGUCGUUGAGUAUUUAUAAAGAUUUUUUUGCUUUUGUACCAUUAAAAAAUAACGAUACCAAAAUUGACCAAAAUGAAUUUAAUGUGCUAGUGAUAGGUUUAGAUUCGGUGUCUAGGCUCAACUUCCAUAGGCAAAUGCCUAAAACCAAGUCGAUAUUAGAAAAAAUUAAGGCUGUGGAAUUAUUAGGUUAUAAUAAAGUAGGUGACAAUACUUUUCCAAAUUUGAUACCACUUUUAACCGGAUUAAGCGAAGAAGAUUUACAAAAAACUUGUUGGAAAAACGCAAGUUUGCAUUUCGAUGAUUGCCCGUUUAUAUGGAAAUUAUUUAAAAAAAAAAAUUAUACAACGGCUUUUGGGGAAGAUGCAUCUUGGAUGGGGACUUUUAAUUACCAAAAAAUGGGGUUUUUGAAACAACCAACCGAUUAUUUUUGGUGCCCUUUUAACAUGGUGGCUGAAAAACACAUUGGAGGCUCACACCGCAUGAACGUCCAACAAUGCGUUGGAUCCAGAGAGGUUUACAAAACCCUCUUAGAAUACGCAACAAAAUUUAUAACACAAAUGAAUCAUUUUAAACAAAAAUAUUUCGGAUUUUUUUGGCAAAACAGUUUAUCACACGAUUUCCUCAACAAACUAAAACUUGGUGAUACAUUUUACGCAAAUUUUUUAACAAACCUAAUCAAAAAUGACACCCUAAAAAACACAAUUUUAUUAUUUUUAAGCGAUCACGGAAUGAGAUGGGGUGCAAUUCGCACAACGUACCAAGGAAGAAUCGAAGAACGUUUACCAUUAAUUUAUAUUUAUUUACCUGAAAAUUUCAAGGAAUCAAACCCGAUUUCUUACUCAAAUUUAAUAAGAAAUAAACGCCGUUUAUCAACACCCUUCGAUAUUCAUCAAACCCUCUUAGAAUUAAUCCAACACCCCGAAAAACACACAAAUUUUAGUUAUAGCUUAUUUAAACCAAUCCCAGAAAAUAGAACUUGCGAAAACGCUUCGAUUUCUUCUCAUUGGUGUACCUGCCAUGAAAGCACAAAAUUACCUUUAAACGAUGCAACCGUCACGGAAGUUGCUUUGCAUACGGUCGAUUAUAUUAAUCGAUUAUUAAAAGGGACGGAAUGUUGGAAAUUAAAUCUUGCUGAAAUUACCGAUGCGAGAAAAUUUCAUUUUAACAAGUUUAAUCAAACUAAAUUUGUGCAGAAAAACUAUUAUUUUGAAGAUAUUUCUAUUGUUAUUAAAACUGAACCGGGUGACGGUCUUUUUGAGAGUACCGUAAGAAAGAGGUAUCAAAAGAAAAUUGGUAAUAAAACGAAAUAUACCUUGGAAACUGUGGGUAGUAUAAGCAGGUUGAAUUUGUAUGGUGGACAAAGUGUUUGUAUUACUGAUUAUCAUUUAAAGUUAUAUUGUUAUUGUCGUUAAAUUAAGAUUAAAAUUUUUUUUAUAAAAAAAUUUUUCCGUUUUGCGAAUAGUCGAGUAUUUAUAAUUCUCUUACAACCUUCUUGUAUAGAAGAAUUGCAAUUUUUUGGUCUGCAAUUUAACCAUUUUUGGCAAUUUAAUAUUGUCAUAUCUGAGAGUUUCAUGGAAUAACAUCUUCAAUACAAGAACAAUAAAUUUUAUAAGACUGCCAAGUCACUAUUUGAGACCAUAGACUCACUAUUCGAUUUUGAGAUUUUUUCUCUCAAAAUCGAAUUUGAGGUACUCGACGCUUUGCAAUAAAUAUUUUAUAAAUUGAACUGCUUCGUAUCAAGUUAACCCAACACAAAAAUGCUUACAUAAACAAUAAUCUAACGUUACAAAUUGAAAUAUAUUUUUUUAAGCAGAUAAACAAGGUAUUAACUAAUUUUAUUAAACCUUUUUCUUUUUUAAUUUCGAGUUAUAUUGGAUAAUACUUGAUUUAUUUGAAGUUCCUAAUCUUUUUUAUGUAUUAGAUAAUAUUUAUAGUGGAGUUUUUAUUUAUUAUAAUAAACAAUUGUUAUCGUAUUGGAUUAGAUUGAAUUAUCUUUUUAAAAUUUAUUGGAUUUAAGGUGUAAUUAAAUUCAUAAAUGAUUUAUUUGUGUAAUGUGUGCCAAAAAUGCUACUAAACUUUAUAUUUCCAUUAAUUUGGCUUUAAAUAUAUCCAAACAAAACGAUUAUUGGGCGUAAUGUUUAAAUGCGCAAAAUGUAAAUGUUCAGUAGUACAUUUUAAUGGAUAAUUAGCUUACUUUAUGUAUUCUUUUGUGCUCAAAACUUGUAACAUAUAAAACACAAAGUUAUCCUGUUGAAUGAAAAAAAAAUUACAAAUAUAUAUUUAUUU